GUCAAAAACCAAUWUGGAGUUGAAGGAUGCUUGAGUUUUCUGACUUUUGCCUUUGAAUACGCUCUAAAAUGACUUCGCCUAGGAAACAUAAAUCUCUAACGUCUGCUGCUAUCGAUUGUUCAAAUGAUUUUUCAAUGCCUCUUGAUUUUUGCUUUCAUCAUUUGGAGAAAUUCGAAGAUGUACUUAAAGAGCCUCCAAGAAACAAAGUCAAGAAAUGUCCUGUUACUGGGAAGUACAUAACUAAUUCUGUUAAGUUUAGUUACAACCAACUCUCAUCAUAUGAAGACUUGCAMACUAUUUUGGACAGUUUGCUUGUAGAUCCCAAGUCCCUUGAGUGGCUGGAUAUUGCUUACAAUGACUUUAAAACUGUUGAUGAGGUAAUCCUAAAUUAUCCAAAUCUAAAAAUCCUCAACUUGGAAGGCAAUGACAUCGAAAAGCUUUCAGAAUUAGACAAGCUUGCAAACCUGCCACAUCUUCAAAACCUGACUAUCCAAGGAAAUGAAAAGAUUGAGAGUAUAAGUGGUUACAAGGACUAUGUCAUUGCAAGAUUACAGCACCUUAAAAAGUUUAAUUCAGCCCCWAUUACUAAGCAAGACAGAAUGGGUGCUAUUAUUAAUUGUGCAAAAGUUAAACAGAAGAAGAAAAGAGGCAGUAGUAGCUCUUCUUGAACUAUGUAAACUAAUGAUUGAAUGUCUGUAUAAAAUCUAUAUUUUACCAAUCACAACAUAUUUUAUUAGGAAGUACUGCUCUUGCAUCAUCAAUUAAGCACCGUACCUGUUGCCAUGAGACAGGUUGUCCACCUAUGCAGUAGGGAGAAUAUGAUUUUGCUUGUUUCCUUCAGGGAGAAGAAAUAACUCUUUCUCUUCCUUAAAUGGACCAUUGCUCAUAGAAACAGUCCAGUAAGAAAAAGAGAAUGUAGUAUUUUUUCAAGGUUUAAGACAGAUAUUUAUAACWAUAAAUACUUCCUAAAAUGUAUUUGGAUAUUGUUCAAUAGGGAGCAAUUGACAAGUAAGAAUUUAAAGCAUUGCUUGAGGUCUCUUGGCAACAUUCAUUGGUAAAUAUGAAGAGGAUUCUGAAUUAGAAUAGAAAUGAUUGAUAUAAAUUGCAGUGAAUAUUUUACACUCAUCAUUUGCAGACCAGGUGGCUGAGUUGAGUCCAUAACUUUAUUACAUCUGCAUAUAUUAACAUUAACUUACAGUAUACAAUAUAUUAACUAUAAACAGGUUUCUAGAAAAUGUAUUUGCUAGGUAAAAAUCACAAUUACUAUAAACAUAUGUACAAUGUAGGAGUGAAAACACUCUCAGUCCAUGGAUUAAAAGAUUAUUACUACUUAGAA